AUGGAUAUGAAGAUGAUCAACGAUCUAGGAGACGAUGUUCUUCGCCACAUAAUAUCUUUCCUUCCGAUAAGAGAAGCUGCUUUCACAUCUCUUCUCUCAAAUCGAUGGCGUUAUAUGUUUGCCUUGCCAACGAAUCUCCGUUUAGAUUAUGACGAAGAAGUGUGUGGAAGAAGAAGACCAGAAUAUUUCAUCGAGUUUGUGGAUAGAGUGUUGGCCCGGUCAGGCAAUAUCCCAACGAGGAAGAUCUCGAUAAAAUUUCGAAAGAGUAUCGAUUCGCGUCAUGUCAACCGGUGGAUGACUAAAGUGCUGCAACAUGGUCUCUUGAAUCUUGACAUAGACGUAAUCUUUGGACAUGAUUAUUAUGUAGUGCCUCUCGAGACCUUCUUCACUUGCAAGAACAUGGUUGAGCUGAAACUCGGAAAAGGGUUUCUGGCUACACUUCCUGGAGAUGUGUCUCUUCCAUCACUUAAGAAGCUCUAUCUCGAUUCGGUUUAUUUCACGAAUAGCGGUUUAUGUGUUUCGGGGAAGCUUCUCUCUGCUUGUCCAGUGCUUGAGGAACUAACCAUGCUUGAGGGUGAGGGGACCUGGAAGUAUUUCUGUAUCAACGUGUCCUCUUUUACCCUUAAGAAACUUACUAUCAAGUGUAAUGAAGGUUCACAUAUACGGGACAUGACUUUGGAUACGCCGAAUCUUGUCUACUUGGAAUACUCUGGUUUUGUUAAAAGAAACUAUCCGACUGUGAGUCUUGAGUCCCUUGUCGAAGCCAAGCUUGGUCUCUUGUUUGAAAGGCUCGUUGGAAUUGAUUCGCUAUAUCGUAGUUUAUAUACUGGUCGCAAUCCAACAAAUCUGAUUAAAGGGUUGAGAAAUGUUGAGGUCUUGGAGUUAUCAUCUCUUGAUACUUGGGAAAAGGUAUUCAGUUAUUUCCGUGAAGCCAUCCCAGUGUUCAGUAACCUGGUUCGUUUAUCUGUUAAAAUCCCUCUCUCCUACCACUACUGCGAUUGGGAACCUCUGCUGUUGCUUGUUAAAAAAUCUCCAAAUCUUAAGACUCUCGUCAUCAAGGGUCCACGUGAAUGGGGUGAACGAGAUUAUGGAUUGUCAUGUCCCGUGAAAGUAUUGAAGACGACUUGCCAUGGAGGAAAAACUGGAGAGCUACAGCAGAUGAAAUAUUUCAUAGAGGAACUGCCAUGUCUUGAGCUUAUUGAAGUCUGUGCUUAUGCAAUAAACGACGAGGAAAAGUCUCGGAUCACCCUUGAGUUGCUGCUUAUGGUUCCUAAACCGUUGAAGUGCAAUAUCCAGAUCAUGUUUUGUCAGGAAGGAAUAUCUUAG